UACAGAGACAGUGGGCAGCACAUAAAAAAAGGCAAGGGCAAACGUUUUAACGGAGGAGCACUCCGGCUAAUUAAGUCGUUGAACCCGUUGCCCUCGACAAAGAUGUCUCCCGCGGAGGGCUGGACGGCAGAGGUGGCGUUUGUGGAAGAGGGUGGCAGCCAAUAGGAAGGCGCCUUGAUUCGUGGUCGGAGAAUGGCAGCCAAUCAGAUCGCGGCACCUUGGAGAGACGCUGAGGCAACUCUGCCAGGAAACAAGCAGCUACGGAAAAAGGCGAAAUUGUCGCUGAGAGGAGCAGAAAUCCUCCAACUGCCGCGUUGUUUUCGGUGAUGUAGAGACAAAGGACCGAGUUGCUCUUUAUUAAACAGGACCCAUGACCCUGACACGAGGCUCCUUCAGCUACUCCAAUGGCGAAGAAUAUCAUGGCGAAUGGAAAGAAGGUCUGCGUCAUGGCCUGGGUCAGCUGACUUUCAGUGAUGGGACGUGCUACACGGGGCAGUUUGAGAACGGCCUCUUCAAUGGCUGUGGGAUACUGGUCUUCCCUGAUGGAUCCAGGUAUGAAGGUGAAUUUGUUCAGGGAAAAUUCCAAGGUGCUGGCAUCUUCACUCGCUUCGAUGGGAUGAGGUUUGAGGGAGAGUUUAAAAGCGGAUGUGUGGAUGGCUACGGAGUACUAGCAUUUCCAGACGGAGGCCCUGGCGGCGGUGGCACGAGCCAUGAAGGCCUGUUUGAGACUAACGAGCUGAUGAGGAGGGAAAACAGCCAGGGAGCUGUGCAGAGAGCGCAGGCAGCAGCCACCAAGGCCAGAGCUCUGGCCAUGUGACCUGGAAUACAUCAACCUUUGCGAGUAUCAGGAUCCUCCUCCUCCCAUCCUCCUCCUUUUGGUUUGAACAGCUGAUGAUGUUAUUUAUUAAUAGAUUUUUCUGUCAUCCAGUUUUCUUUGGCGGCUGUGAUUUAACAUGUCAGCAGAUUGUUUUUUUAAGACUUAUCUCUCGUACCUGCAGUAUUCUCUGGAGUAGAAAUCAAUGGCUCCAGUAAGCUGAUAUGUGUCCGCUGUAUAUAAUUCU